GGAUUAAUAAUACAGACAUCCAUCAUAUGAUGACUAGGUAUGAGCAGACCAAUGUCCAUCCUCCUGCAAGGAUGAAUGUUUACGCGUUACACAAUCGACGUGUACACUACUCCGUAGUAGGCGGUCAUCAGACCGUUGUCGUGAUCUGCAAUGCAUUGUGAACACCCAGAUGUACAGAGUAGAGGAGAAGUACGGAGUAUCUACCGAAUAAUGCAGCAACGGAGAACUCCGGCCUCGUUGUUCGACGGGAGUCCAUGCGUUGCCGGCCGCCCUAAGAUAAGACCGACCCCGGCUAUCUCCACGUGAUGCUUUGUUGAUGCCCCAGGAACCACACGCAAUCUGCUUCGCGCCGCAUCCAGAACAUCCCUCCGACAACCACAACCAUAACCAAUCGCUCGAGAUAAUGCUCGACGGCCUAUCCCAUAGGCCCAUCACCAACGAGAAGUAAUGGCUCGUCCGAAGUCCAUUCGCCCCCCCACAACCGCCAGUCUUCCCAGCAACCUCCGCAUCCCCUCCUCCACGCCGUCCCUGGUCAAAUCCUUUGGCAAGCUCACCCGCCAGGCACUGCUGGAUCUCGCGUUCCAAUGGCUGGAAGAUCGCAACAUCCAGGCCUUCCCGCCAUAUCUUCAGGGAGAUGAAGACCUAAAAGAGGACGAGGACGAGGGACUGAGUCCCUACCCGGCAGAGCGCACCGUCAACGACGUCCGGAACGCAUACCAGGAACUACAGCUGCGAAAAGGCGGCAAACGCGAAGUCAUUGAUCGCAUUCUUGAAGGUGACUGGAGACAUGGCAUCACGCUGCGCCAACUGGCUAUGGUCGACCUUCGCUACAUCGACGACCACUCAUCCAGCCUGCGAUGGACCGCUCUGGAGCUCGCUCGCAUCGGCAACCAACCACCACCAGACUCCGACCUGUCCGCAUGUGUCCCGCGCGUGCACGCCUCGACCUUUCUGAACAGCCUCCAGCAACAGGUCGCACCGCUCGUAAAAGCGCACUACUACCUCUCUCGCUCGACUUCCCUCCCUCUCACAUUCCUCCGAAUCUUCGUCACUAAUUCCCCUUACCAGCACCCGCGCCAGGCCGCCGAAAUCCUGACCGACUCGUCGCGGGUCAUCUACGUCGCUUUCCCAGACAGCUGCCCCUACCUAUACACAUCCAUAGCCUCCGCUCCCGGCUCGAAAUCCAGCACAUCCACGACCCCUCACGCCGUCGCAACAGACCCACGAAGCCUGCAACGCCUCGUCCGUGACGCCCUCCCAAAGGCCCUCUCCCUCCCGCACCAACGAUACACCCUCAAAGCCACCUCCCUCACAGCAAAAAGCCUCCAAGCCCUUCUAUCCCUCCGAGGCCCAGGCCGAUCCAACCAAUCCAACGGCGCAUUCAGUAUCUUCGCCGACGCCGCCCUAGAAGGAAGUCCACUGGACCCCCGUCCCUCCAACAUCGUCACCCCAGAAGAACACAUGAACCAUCCCUCCCACCACAAAGAAAACCAACCCACCGACUCAGAACCCUCCAAAGCACCCAAACGCCCUCUGAACAGCAACAACAACAAUACUACCGACCCCCACACCUCCAAAAAACGGACCCUGACCGUCCAAUCCCGCUUCGGUACCUCCGGCUCUCUAUCUUCCGCCCCGCUCGACCGUCUCGACAUCCGACUCCUCGACCCCCCACACCCCACAACGUCCACAUCAGAACCCACAUCCACACCAACCGUAUCCCUCACCUUUGCGGGCACAGACAUAAUCAGCGGAUUCCGCAAACUAGCCGAACUAGGCAUCGUCAACGCAAAAAAGAUGCCAUCCUGGAUGACGGGCGAAGAAGCAGUCAGCGUAGCUGUUAUCCGUCAGGGGAAUCGUGUCGUCUAGGAUAGUGGAUGAUGAAAACGAACGGUUGCUUUCAUACUCUGGUUCUCCAUGAGGACAUAGUGGCGGGAAGGCAAUGUGCUUCCGUGCAGAUACGGGGUAUAUACUAUCCAUGACUGAAUGGUUUGGUCUUGUCUGCAGGAGAGGCGAGGGGAAAUUCGUCGCGUGCGCGCGUUUGCGCGCCUGUGAAAUGUGGUACCAGAUUGAGCGGGCGAGAGAACUCGCCCGAUGGUAUAUACUGGCUUGGACCGACAUAUCUAGACAACUUUUGAAUUGGAGAUGGGAUGACGCUAGAAGGUAGAGGAUUAUAGUUCAAAUGUAUCUUGGCGGAAAUAUAAUAAACAUCUAGCUGCCUGAUACUUAUCAUUUGGUGCAGUAUGAUUC